GAGAAGACUUGUUUUCAUCGUUUCAAACAGUUUUAGCCAAAUUUCCGACACGAUGAUGCCCAAAAUACCCCUCAAGGCCAUCGUGCUUGUACAUUUCGUCUUAACUGUCUGGGGAACACAGGCGUACCUUAACGGCAGUUGCUGGAUCUCGCCUUCCUAUGCAUAUAUGAAUUUCUUUGUCUUAGCAAUAGGAAUAUGGGCUGUAGCUAAUAAAGAAAGCAUUGAUUCAAUACUAUUGUUUUUGGUUCUCACAUUUGUCAGUAUAAUCAUGGAUAUGAUUCUUGAUUGGAAUUUACUAUUCUCGUGGUUUUGACUUAUUCUACACAUCACCACAUUUGGGUGAAUUCCGAUUUAGUGCUGGAAUGGCUAUAUUAAAUCUGCUGUUGAAACCUUUUACAUGUAUCCUACUUUACCACCAGUACCGUGAACGUGGUGGUGAUUAUAACAUGGGACUACCAGGAGGCCAUCCCGCUGGCAGUGGUUAUGAAAACAUAGAUCAACCUAUACCCAGUAAUAGCCAGGUAGAGGCUGCCCAUCCUCAUUCCUCUAUUCACGAUGUUAGUAAAC